CCUAAAUGUGAAUCAAUUCCAUCUACGCUACUAGCUCUGUACACACCACAUUGAUUGAACCCAAAGAUCGAUGGCUCGAUUGAGAUUUUCGUCCACUCGCCGGUUCAUGGCAAUUCGUCUUGUGCGAUGGCGAAUGAUUCUUCUGAUGCUCGCAGUAGCAGCCGCAGCACUAUGGUGGUCAUCAUCGCGGCCGCGGAUGCAUCCCGUGGUGCUGGUGCCGGGCUACGCCAGCAACGAGCUCGACGCGCGGCUCACCGAGCUCUACCGGCCGGGAUGAGCACGGUGUAUGACGCCGCGUCCGACGACUACUACAACGUCCCCGGCGUCGAGACGCGCGUCCCCUUCUUCGGCUCCACCCAUGGAUUCCGCCACCCAGAUCCAGACCGGAGGAAUUUCUCCUACAUGAACAAGCUGUUGGAGAGGCUCGAGGGGGCCGGGUACCGCGACGGAGCGACCAUGUUCGGCGCGCCGUACGACUUCCGCUACGCCGUCGCGCCGGCCGGCCAUCCAUCCAGAAUAGGCACCGAGUUCUUCAGGAGCCUCAAGAGCCUGGUGGAGAGGGCGAGCCAGCUCAACGGCGACCGCCCCGCGAUCAUCGUCACCCACAGCUACGGCGGCACACUGGCACACCAGUUCCUGAUCCGGCAGCCCCUGGCGUGGCGACGGCGGUUCGUGAGGCACUUCAUCCCCAUCGCCGCUCCGUGGGGAGGACUCGUGCUAGGCAUGCAGGCCCUCAUCUCAGGCAACAACCUUGCGCUCCCCUUCGUUGACCCCAGGGCCCUGCGGAAGGAGUACCGGAGCCUGCAGAGCAGCCUGUGGCCGCUGCCCAGCGCGAAGGUGUUCGGAGCCGGGCAGCCACUGGUGAGCACCAAGCGCCGAAACUACUCGGCCAGCGACGUGGUGGGCUUCCUCCGCGACAUUGGGUUCGGCGAAGGCGUCCGGCCGUACGAGUCGCGCGUGCUGCCGCUGUUCGAGGAGCUGCCGGUCUGUCCGAGGGUGCCGGUGACAUGCGUCGUGGGGGUCGGGGUGCCGACGCCGGAGAGGAUGGUGUACCCGAGGGAUGAUUUCGAGGGGACGCCCGGCGUGGAUGUUGGAGACGGUGACGGCCUGGUCAACCUGGCGAGCCUAGUGGCGGUGGAGCCGGAGUGGAGGCGUCGUGGUCCUUAUUUUAGGAUGGUCAAGGUGGCCAGCGUGAACCACACGGCCAUUCUGGUUGAUGAUCGUGCGCUUGGGAUUGUCAUCAGAGAAAUUCAACGAGCUAAUUAGUUCAACAAACCUUUAUAUUAAUCAAUUUGACGCCGGUAAGUAGAGUGAUAGAAUUAGAGGAAGAGAAUGAUUGACCACACAAUCGGUGGUUUCCUGCUAUC